CUUGAUUCAACGCACUAUAUUUGGCUAGAAGGUGUUAAUCCCCCACAACGAUAAUGAGGCUAUUAAUAUGCUGAAUGACGAAGAGGUCUUCAGGCGUUUGAGGGUUUGAGCCUGUUUCUUUAUAGGAUGCUGUUGUUGAUUGGCAGAGGGAUGCACCCUCCUCGACACCUGUUGUGCUCCCUUAAAGCCACGCAGGGCUGCAUGCAUCGCGCCGUGUCAUCAGCAGCGCCUGCAUCCUCACCGGGGCAUCAACACACAAAGGCUUGUUGUGUAACUAACUGAGGGGCUUUAUUGUUGCGGCGGGCAAAUGCGCAUUAAGGGUUACGGUUUGUGUGGUUAUGUUCAUUAAGACAUUCCUGCGGGGAUUGGGGCGACAGUGAGAGGGGGCUUUACAUAAUAAACUGCAUGCUUUUCACGUGAAAUACCCCUUUAAAAGCGGGCUCUGUACAGUCACAUAGAGGCUCAUCGUAAACGCACGGACUGAGAGGAGUGAGAAGUCGCGUGACAGCUGCAAUUUGUUGUGUCAAAUCGGCGCCGGGAUGGUCUCGUCUUACCCUUUACCGGAGGGCUUCUCCGAGUUCGAUGUGUUUUCCCUGGGAUCGUGUCUGCUGGUGGAGGGUCUGUUGGGCUUCUUUCUAAAUGCGGUGACAAUCGUUGCGUUCCUCAAAGUGAGAGAGCUGAGAACCCCCAGCAAUUUUCUAGUGUUCAGUUUAGCGAUGGCUGAUAUCGGCAUCUCUAUGAACGCGACCGUGGCUGCUUUCUCCAGCUUCCUGAGGUACUGGCCCUACGGCUCAGACGGAUGCCAGACUCAUGGCUUUCAGGGCUUCAUGACAGCUCUUGCCAGUAUUCACUUCAUAGCAGCCAUUGCCUGGGACAGAUAUCAUCAGUACUGCACAAGAACAAAGCUCCAGUGGAGCAGCGCCAUAACUCUGGCUGUUUUUGUCUGGCUUUUCACUGCCUUCUGGGCAGCCAUGCCCUUGAUUGGCUGGGGAGAAUAUGAUUAUGAGCCUCUCAGGACUUGUUGCACAUUGGACUACAGCAAGGGAGACAGGAACUAUGUGUCCUACUUGAUCCCAAUGAGCAUAUUCAACAUGGGCCUUCAGGUUUUUGUUGUCAUGUCCUCUUACCAGUCCAUUGCACAAAAGUUUAAGAAGACUGGAAACCCAAGGUUCAACCCCAGCACGCCUCUCAAGACGUUGCUAUUCUGCUGGAGUCCGUAUGGCGUCCUGGCUUUCUAUGCUGCAGUGGAGAAUGCCAACCUGGUCUCCCCUAAGCUCAGGAUGAUCGCACCUAUCCUGGCUAAAACCUCACCCACUUUCAAUCCACUCUUGUACGCUUUAGGAAAUGAGAACUACAGAGGUGGCAUUUGGCAGCUUCUCACAGGGGAAAAGAUUGAUGCUCCUCAAAUUGAUAACAAGUCUAAAUAAAACAAGCAUGCAAUAAUGACACACACUUACUGUCCUUGAUGUUUCUGUCUGUGAGUGUUGGUGCGUGUGGUGUGUCUCAAGCAGUGAUAACCAUGUCCCUUGUUUACACCUGUCCUGUAUUUGACCCCCCCCCUCCCCCCCGUGUUUCUGGAGUUGUGUAACAAAAAGAACAUGGCUGCUUAAAAACAGUGUUAGGAAAAAAAUUGUAAUUGUCAACCUGCGAAAAAUGGACUCGAUUCAACAUGUCCAAACGGACUCCUGGUUCGUUUCCUCAUCUAGUAAAUACAACGAAACACUGGAUGUGGCUGUUUUUGUAACCAACACGUGAUGCAUUUGUUUUUCCGUUUAAUGUAAUUUCCUCUAGUAAGUGAGGAAUGACUUUCAUUUUGAGUUCAUCGCACAAUUCUGUCAGCAGUAAACAGCUUUCAUUCACUAUGUCCAAAUACAAUCAUGCAAAACAUAGGGCUUUAAACCAAAUCAGAAGAUAUAAGUAUCAUUAAGUCUCCAUGGAAACAUCGAUGGAACUCAGGCUUUUGUCAGUUUAAGAGUAGUCCUCAUGCUAACAGGUCUGUAGCCAAGAUACAUUGAUUGUUUUUGUGUCAUUUUCACAGUUCGUCCUGCAAUUUUUUCUCAACAUUUGCGUCAGAUCAAGGAAGGAAUCGCUGGAAAUACCAUAAUUCAGUUUAACGAGUUAGGACGUUUUGGCCCUCGGCCUUAGAAACCAACAUCAAUGCAUUCCUUAUCAGUUGUUAUUCCUACCAUUGAAAUGCAAAAGUUCAUACAAGCAACUGAUAUCUCUCUAUGCACUUUGAGUGCUCUCUGUAUCCCAGGAAAAACUGCAAUAAUCCUCUAAACAAGAGGACCAUUCUUCAAUACACUGCCCCCAUGACAAGUUAGAGAUUAGUCAGUGGCUGUAGAUUAACGGAGCAUGCUUCUCAGCUCAGCUUUUGCAAUCCAAGUAUAAGGACAGGAGUCAGUGUGACAAUAAAACCAAAUUUGAUAACUUAGAAUUCAUUACUAUUAUUCAAUAAAGAAAAAUCAAGUUAGCAAAUUCCAGGUUUAUAUAGAUUUGAUGGUUCUUCCAGAGUCUUCACAAGAACUAUAAAACAGACACAUUUUAAUUUACCCUUUUAACUUUUGCAAGUCAUUGUGUAAAAGAAGUAGAUUUUUUUUUACAUCUGACGCUGUUUACAAACCUUACUUUAGAAACAGGAUGAAUGCUCUGAUAUUGAUUUUACUUGUAUUUUAAAACCACAAACUUACACAGUAAUUUACUGGUAUUUAUCUGGUUAUUAUAUAAUCAUAGAUUUUAAAGUAGGUUUAAAAAACCAAGUGUCCCUCUCUUUCUGACAUAUAUUUAGGAAUGAAAUCAUUGUGUGAAAGCUGCAGUGUUUCUGAGAUAAACUACAUCUUUGUAAGACCUUUUGACCUUAAAUUGGAUAUACUUUGAACACAUGAUACACUGAAAUGGAUGUCAUUUCUGUUUGGUGUAACUCACAUCUUUCAUCACACAACAUAAAUCCUCAUCACUACAAACUCAUCCACCCUCUGACUCCAAUGUAAAUGGCUUAAAAGUUUUAAGUCCCUUGAAAUCUUUACUAAGCGGUAACAUCUGUGCUUCUAAUGUUGGGCAGCCGAGCGACGAUGAUCCUGUUCUGUUCAGUGUAAUUACAUAUAUGUAUUGGUGGGUUUGGUGUAGUUAUUGCUCUGUAUGAAAUGCUGUAUGCACUGGUCGGAACUGAUCUUCUGUCAGCUGUUGGAAUGCUUUCUGUUUUCAAUGUACAAAAAGUGAUUCAACACAGAAUGUUUAAAUUGAAUAAAAAAGCACCAUGAGAAGAUCUAUCCAAACCUGCAAAUUUAAUAAAGAAUAACAAAAUAAUCAUUUUUGUCAAUUUUAGUUUUUAUUUUGAUCUAAACACUGUGUUCACGUACCACAUGCUAUCGUCAAUAGGUGAGGCUACAAAAUCCU